ACAUCUCGUUAUGAACAUAUUGGACACAGUUCAAAAACACUACGCUCAUUAUAAAUACUACCAACUAGUUAUUUACUAUUAGAAUCACACAAGAGAUAUUUAUAGCAAGAUAAUAUUCCCUACAUUUGACUACAAAAGUUGUAGUGACAAUGACAAGUGAGGUAACACAAAAUGUUAAUUUGUGUCAAGAAUGUGUUAGUUAUCAUGUGUAAAGUUAUUGUGACCAAUCAUUUGUCAGCUCACACAUGAUAGUUAUCAUGAAAUUGGGUGCAAUUAUGAUAGUGUUAUGAUUGUGAGUGAUGGAGUGGCAGUGGCUUAAGGACUGGUGGCGUUUGAAAAGAUGGAGAAAUAUACAAAGUAGGGAAGAAAGUGGUGUUGAAUUCUGUUAUUGUGAUGAGUGUUUACCUGAUGGCGAGUUGGAUCUUUGCGAGUCCCUAGACCCUCACUGCGAUGGCGGGGGCAAGAAGGUGGUGGUCGGCGUAUGCGCCAUGGCCAAGAAGUCGCAGUCGAAACCGAUGAAGGAGAUCCUCACCCGCCUCGACGAAUUCGAGUUUAUUAAGAUGCUCGUCUUCCCAGAGGAGGUUAUCCUAAAGAAGCCGGUGGAGGAGUGGCCGAUAUGCGAUUGUCUUAUAUCGUUUCAUUCGAAAGGCUUCCCUCUCGAUAAAGCCAUUCAAUACGAAAAAUUAAGGAAGCCUUAUGUGAUAAAUAAUCUUCACAUGCAAUACGAUAUUCAGGAUCGAAGAAGAGUAUACGCUAUUUUAGAAAAUGAGGGAAUUGAAAUACCACGUUAUGCGGUUUUGGACAGAGAUUCGCCGGAUCCUAAACAUCAUGAGUUGGUCGAAUCGGAAGACCAUGUAGAAGUGAACGGGGUAGUAUUUAAUAAGCCAUUUGUUGAAAAGCCGGUGUCGGCGGAGGAUCAUAAUAUUUACAUAUACUACCCCACUUCUGCUGGUGGGGGGAGUCAGAGACUUUUCAGAAAAAUCGGGAGUAGAAGUAGUAUUUAUUCUCCAGAAUCGAGGGUGCGGAAAACAGGAUCGUUUAUUUACGAAGAUUUUAUGCCAACUGAUGGGACAGAUGUUAAAGUAUACACCGUGGGUCCGGAUUAUGCCCACGCGGAGGCGAGAAAAAGUCCAGCACUGGACGGUAAAGUAGAACGCGACUCUGAGGGCAAGGAGAUUCGGUAUCCAGUCAUACUAUCCAAUCAGGAGAAACUCAUUUCGCGGAAAGUUUGCUUAGCGUUCAAGCAAACUGUUUGCGGAUUUGAUUUAUUAAGAGCGAAUGGAAAAUCUUUCGUAUGUGACGUUAACGGUUUUUCAUUCGUUAAAAAUUCUAAUAAAUACUACGACGAUUGCGCGAAAAUCCUUGGUAAUAUGAUAUUGAGAGAGCUGGCCCCUACAUUACACAUUCCAUGGUCAGUGCCCUUUCAACUGGAUGAUCCCCCCAUCGUACCGACCACAUUUGGCAAAAUGAUGGAAUUACGGUGUGUGGUGGGGGUGAUAAGACACGGCGAUAGAACACCCAAACAGAAGAUGAAAGUUGAAGUACGGCAUCCAAGAUUCUUCGAAAUAUUCGAGAAGUACGAGGGGUUCAAGCGCGGGCACGUGAAGCUGAAGAAGCCGAAGCAGCUGCAGGAGAUCCUGGACAUCUCGCGCGCGCUGCUGGCCGACAUCCACACGCGCCACGCCGACCCCGAGAUCGAGGAGAAGCAGGGCAAGCUGGAGCAGCUCAAGAGCGUUCUGGAAAUGUACGGCCACUUCUCGGGCAUCAACCGCAAGGUGCAGAUGAAGUACCAGCCGCGCGGCCGGCCGCGGGGCUCCAGCUCCGACGACGGCUGUGACGGCGAGCCUUCACUGGUGCUGAUCCUGAAGUGGGGGGGCGAGCUAACGCCAGCAGGCCGCAUCCAGGCCGAGGAGCUGGGUCGUAUGUUCCGCUGCAUGUACCCUGGUGGACAGGGCCGCCACAUUCCAGGUGAAGGAGGUACCCAGGGUCUCGGGUUGCUGCGCUUGCACUCGACAUUCCGUCACGACCUGAAGAUUUACGCGUCAGACGAGGGCCGCGUUCAGAUGACGGCCGCCGCCUUCGCCAAGGGGCUGCUGGCGCUGGAGGGCGAGUUGACGCCUAUCUUGGUGCAGAUGGUCAAGUCCGCCAACACCAACGGACUGCUGGAUAAUGACUGCGAUUCCUCGAAAGUGCAAAAUAUGGCCAAGGCGCGGCUGCACGAGGCGCUGCAGGCGGAGCGCGAGCUGUCGGCCGAGGAGCGCGCGCGCGUCAACCCCUGCGCCUCGCUCAGCAUCGCCGCCGCGCUGGACUUCGUCAAGAACCCCGCGCGCACCUGCGCGCACGUGCACGCGCUCAUCCGCGCGCUCGUGCGCAUCGUGCUCGCCAAGCGGGACGACCCCAAGUCCAAGGAUACGAUAUUAUAUCAUGGAGAAACUUGGGAAUUGAUGGGUAGAAGAUGGGGCAAGAUCGAGAAAGACUUUUGCACAAAGAAUAAGACGUAUGAUAUUUCCAAAAUUCCUGAUAUUUACGACUGCAUUAAGUACGACUUGCAACACAAUCAACACACUCUUCAGUUUGACCAGGCUGAGGAACUGUACAUAUACGCGAAGUACUUAGCCGAUAUUGUGAUACCUCAAGAAUAUGGAUUAACCAUGCAAGAAAAAUUGACAAUAGGACAGGGCAUUUGUACUCCUUUGCUUAAGAAAAUACGAGCAGAUUUGCAAAGAAAUAUCGAGGAAUCAGGAGAAGAGAAUGUUAAUAGGCUUAAUCCGAGGUACAGCCACGGCGUGUCGAGCCCGGGCCGCCACGUGCGCACGCGCCUGUACUUCACCAGCGAGAGCCACGUGCACUCGCUGCUCACCGUGCUGCGCUUCGGCGGCCUGCUCGACGUGAUGACGGACGAGCAAUGGCGUCGCGCUAUGGAAUACGUGUCGAUGGUGUCGGAGCUGAACUACAUGUCGCAGAUCGUGGUCAUGCUGUAUGAGGAUCCUACUAAGGAUCCCUACUCCGAGGAAAGGUUCCACGUGGAGCUGCACUUCAGCCCGGGCGUGAACUGCUGCGUGCAGAAGAACCUGCCGCCCGGGCCCGGCUUCCGGCCGCACAGCCGCAACCACUCCACCACCAACAACUCGAGUCCGUCUGAUGAGGUGAAAUGUAUAGAAGAAGAGGGUGAAGACGAUCAGAUGGCCAGCCAGGAAACCUUGCAACCAGAUAAUCUGGAUGAAAUGGACUGUACAUUUUCACCGAGGAAGGUUUCCAAAUCGAAGCUGAAACCCUCCGAUCCUAUACCUAUUUGCAACCUGCACUACACGGUGAGCGGGCACGAGGCGUCCGCGCUCGCCGCGCGCCUCAGCGAGGAGCUGCGGGCGUGCGCGCCCUGCGACCCGCCCAGGGAGGAAAAGGAAACUAAAGACGUCGAAGAGCCCCAGCCACGUGCGCGUAGUUACGACCAACACAAGCAGACCCACGACAAUGACCCACUCGCACUACCACCUCCCCCGCUCACCCCGACUCCUCCGACGCCGCUCGUGAACGUCGAGGGCGUCGAGUCGUCCACUAACGAGCUGCCGCUGUCCGCGAUCACGUUCGGGGGCCGCUCGUGGCCGCAGUCAGGCCCCGGGGGGCCGGCCGGGGGCCCGCCGGGGGGCCCGCCCGGGGCCGAGGGCGCGGCCUGUAGCGUGUGGGGCGCAGGGCGGCGCCAGCGGCACAGCAUCGCCGGCCAGAUGAGCUACCUCAAGAUGCUGGGGCUGGGCGCGCGCGGCAAGCUGCCCGGCGCCGCGGGGCUGUUCAGCACCGCCGUCAUCUCCGGCUCCAGCUCGGCGCCCAACCUGCGGGUCAUGAUCCCGACCGCCACCGCUAGCAACACGGCGCUGGAGGGGUUCGGAGGGGUGCCCGCCAUCCGGCCGCUGGAGACGCUCCACAACGCGCUGUCGCUGCGCCAGCUGGACGCCUUCCUGGAGCGCGUCACGGCGGCGCCCGUGCUGCUGGGCACGCCUCCCGCGCCCAAGCAGCCCUCGCCCACCAACAGCGUGGGUUGGAGCGGUCCCUCCUCUCUGAUGUCGUCAUCCUGCGAGCUGCCCAGUGGUCUGUCUUCUGCUGAACCCUCAUCACCAAAUUCUAAUUACGCUUCUAAUUCAGAAAAUAAGAACAACUCUUCGGAGAGUAGCAAUUGGAGUAGAAAUGUGGCGAGCAAACUCCCCGAGUGGGAGGGGGAGGCGGCCACGCUGUGCGCGCUCAGCUCCGGCCUGCUAGCGUGCGCCGCAGGUUCGUCUAUUAGCGGCGACGUGACCCCGCUGUCGGCCGCGUCGGAGCUGGAGUUCAACAGCAACGAGGCCACCGCCGGCUCGCUCACCGACCACGACUUACUGAGUGCCGAAGGUGAAGACGAUGAGGAAACGUUGUCAAUCGAUGGCAGCGGUUCCUUGAUGAAAUUGAUUAAAAACGAUCUCAGCUCCCACGACUCCGAUACGUCGACGAAAAUAGACUACAGCGAACCCUCUACGAGCUCCGCGCCCCUCGACUUGUACGGCCUCAGUUUCCAAGAAACUAAGGAGACGUUUUAUAAAGAUAUCCCCUCGAGUAGUAAAAAUUUUAACAUAGAGAGUGACAUUAAAAAUAAAUGUGUUAAAGAUCGCUUGCAGUACGGUAAUAAUUUAGAAUCGCUGAACUUACAGAGUAAAGAUAAUAUAUCGAAAAUUAAUGCUGAACUUAACAAUGGGAGUAGAAGAUAUAGUGAUAGUAGUGCCCAGAAAAGUAAUAAUCACAAUUCGCAGACGGGCGUGUCGAGCAGUAGAUUCACGACGACACUAGUGUCAGAAGAUUUACUAAAAGCGGGCUCGUCGAGUGAGAGUAAGUCCAACAGUAAUUUGGUAGAACACGGUGACGGCGGGCCUCUCGCAGUCGCGCCGCUAGUCACUAAAGCUAAAACUUGCAACGUAAAACCUGGCUUCACUAUAACUGAGAAUCAAAAUAAUAAUGAACAUGAUGCUGAAUCAUCAGAGAAAAUGUGUGAUAUUGUGCAUUAAGUUUUCUGCUUGUCCAUUAAUUUAAUAACUGUAGAUGAAAUAAGAAUUUUGAUGAAAUAUAUUUGACAUAUUCAAACACG